GAUAUACGGUAAUUUUCAUUAGGACCAGAGAAGAUGAAGCAUCAAGAACAGAUACAGGUGUAUGUUAUAAGAUGGCGUCCAUCACAAUGUUCAGUUGAUCCAAUAGCAGAAAUUAUACUUGAUGAUAAUGAUCCUAAGGAUGUUAUUGAAAAGCUGUCAGAGUUAAGUGGAGUUCCUGCUCAGUAUAUCUAUUGUGCAGAGUAUGGAUUAUUACCAGUUGAGAUGUCAUGUCUUGAUAUUGAGAAUAAGUUGAAAUGGUGUUCCAUUACUUCAGACAGAUCCUCAUUAGGACUAUACAAUGAUGGACAUGUCGUAUAUUACAAAGACAAUAGAGAGAGAAUGAAUAGUUAACAGAUAAAGAG